AUGGACAGCUUUCUCUCGACCCUGGUGGAUCUAGCAGGCCUGGUAGGCCGCACCUCCUCCCACCCGGCAGACUCAACGGUGGCGCCCUCGAGCCCUGGAACCUCACACACCGGGAACCAUGAGGAAACGUACCCAUUGUCGCAGCUCAGAGCCGACUUCCACGCGAUCAACGCAGCCAUGUUCUCCAUGGCAGAUGCUACUGCAUUGGAAACCUCAAUCACUACCACGAUCCGCACAGAGUUAGCCGGAAUACGGAGGGACGUUGCAGAGAUCGAUGAGAGAGUCAGCUCCCCUGAAGCCUCUGCCACCCGAUCGGAUCGCCUCCAUGAAAUGGCUUAA